AUGUCCAAUAUCCUAAGCAUUUAUAAUGUCAGUACCGUUUCUAGGCAAGAGGAAAGCUGGAAAGCUGCUUCUCAUGAUCAUAAUCGGCAAUUGAUGAUCGUUUGUGAAAAAAAUAUCCAGAAUAAUGUUAGGUCCAACGGCAUUUGGAUGGGAGAUAAUCCCCUUGCCCACAUCUUUCCUUCGUUGUUGCUCCAAGGGACAUUGGCCUUCGUUGCGUGCCGAGCUAUAUUCUACUUUGUUCUUCGGCCACUAAAACAACCCAAAUUUGUCUGCUCUAUCUUGGGUGGUAUUCUUUUGGGGCCUUCUAUUCUAGGGCAGAAACAUGUAAUUGGAGAAAGAUUGUUCCCACCGAUGGAGAUGAUGGUGUUAGAGACUCUAUCUGCAAUUGGGGAAAUGUACUUCAAUUUUCUUAUUGCAGUGAAAGUGGAUUUUUCAAGGGUUUUAAGUACAAAUAGGAAGGCAUGGAGCGUUGGUGCAACAAGCUUCGCGCUUCCUUUUCCCAUUCUCUUGUUCCUAUUGGUCACGUGUAUAAAGUACAUUGGAGUGCCACGGAACAUUUUCUGUUUUACUGUGGCCACUUUUGUAUCUGCAUCCUAUAUCCCAGCUAUUGCCAAUGCCUGGGAAGAACUCAACCUCGUAACUUCUGAGUUCGGCCUACUUACCUCUUCCUGCGCAUUCGUCCAUUCUCUCAUCCUUUGGUUCUUGAUGCCCCUCUCCCUAGUCAUAGCCCAAAAAACCCUUGACAAAUCAAUCGCCGCAACUCUUUCCUUUUUUGCUUUGGCACUCUUCACAUUCCUUGUGGUCCGUCCGACAAUAGUUUGGAUUAUCAAGAAAACGCCACAAGGGGAACCCGUUCGUGAAGUCUUUGUUGUAUUAACACUAAUUGGAGUUUUAGUCAUGGGAUGUCUCACUGACAUUGUGGGCCUUAGUUUGAAUCUUGGCGCUGUACUGUUUGGGUGUAUAAUACCUGAGGGACCGCCUCUGGCUUCCAUUUUAGUAGAGAAGUCGGAGGCGUUUGUGUCUGAUAUCCUGAUGCCAUUAUGGUAUUUUCGUGUUGGCAUAGAAAUGGAUGUGCAUUCCAUUUAUAAUUGGAAGGCCUUUGUCAUUUUCCAUUGUAUCCUUUUGGUAGCGUACUUUGCCAAGUUUGUGGGAUUGCUCCUGGCUUCACUGUCAUUCAAAAUUAGACCAAGACAUGCUGUCCUACUCGGCCUAAUUAUGAAUUGUAAGGGCCCAAUAGAUGUCAUGGCUUUUUUCCGAUGGAAGGUUGACAAGCAUGUACUUGAUGACCAAUCUUAUUUUGUAUUGGUGUCGUCCGCGUUGGCCAUGACCGCAUUUGUAACACCAUUGGUAGAAAUGUUUUACAGGCCUCAGACAUUACAUGAAUGGGCUUAUAAUAAUCCCUCAAAAAACCCCCAAGGGUUGAGACCAAUCCAAAACACAUCGCGUAACUCAAAGUUUCCGAUUAUUUGUUGCAUCCACAAUGAGGAAAACGUGCGCAGCAUCAUCACCCUCCUCGAGGCCUCCAACCCCACUGAAGCAAGCCCUAUUUGUGUCUACGUAAUCCACCUUAUGGACAUCCUCGGUCGAGCCGUUCCACUUAUUUGGGGUGGAGAAAUUGGUUUACAGAAGACGUUGAAGGCAAAUCAACCCCUGAAAGUAGAUUCUAAGGAGGUGAAUUUAGAGGUCCAAAUUCUCAACACCUUCAACUUCGUUCGCAUUAUGCGAGCCUUCACGAACUACUCUAGAAACUCCAUUGGUCUUAUUACCAUCCAUCCCUUCACCGUCAUCGCCCCUUACCAGAACAUGCACGAAAACAUUUCCAAACUAGCUCAAGACAAUCUACUCCCUCUCGUUAUAGUUCCCUACCAUGAGAACCAGAGGGCUACACAAGGUAACCAAGUCGCUAGCUCAAUCCAAGUUCUCAAUACUAAUUUACAAAAACAUGCCCCUUGCACCGUGGGUAUUCUGGUUGAUCGACACUUUUGUAACAGUAGCUCUGGCCAGUUUUCUUACGACGUUGCUAUAAUUUUCAUCGGCGGACGGGAUGAUCGCGAGGCCCUCGCAUAUGCGGCUCAAAUGUCGCACCAUCCAAAUGUGAGUAUCACUGUGAUACGUGUUAUCUCACUUGAUAAGAAAGAUCAUGACGAGAACGAUUCCGAGUACGUAAAGAUGGAUAGGAUGAUGGACGAAGAUGUGUAUGACGGAUUCAAGAUGAAGAACGUUGACAAUACGUGUGUGGUUUGUUGGGAGAUUUUGGUGGACGAUAUUUUGAGAGUGGUGGACCCAAUUCGUUCUUCAGGUAGACAUUAUGACCUUGUGAUGGUGGGGCAACGGCAUUCUGACGACGAAGAAAUGCCUGCGUUUGCGACCAAUGAUGAUUUGGGAGUGGUGGGCGAUAUUAUAUAUGCUUCGUUCAACUUAUAUGGGGGUUGGUCGUCUUUAUUGGUGCUCAAGCAUUGUGGGGAUUAUUUUUAG